AUGGCUUGGAUGGAGUGUUUCAAAGAUUCAAUUGCAGAAUUCCUUACUAAUGGCAUCUAUGAUCAUUCCCCUAUGGUCAUCAACACUUUUGCAGAUAAAGGAACAUGCCCUAAGGCAUUCAGAUAUUUCAACACUUGGGCUGAUGAGCCUGACUUUUUUGAGGUUAUGGAGGCUGCUUGGAACAUUCCUGUUCAAGGUACCUCCAUGUACAAGUUUGUAACAAAACUCAAGAAUGUGAAAAUGCAUCUUAUAGCUUGGAGGAAAAGCAAGUUCACCCAAUUCAGUGCUCAAGUGUCUGCUGCAAAACAAAAUAUGGAAAACACUCAAAGAUCCCUUCAAAUCAACCCUUUCUGUCCUACAACGAUCAAUGAAGAAAGAGCUGCUGUCACAGACUUUGCUAACAAAGCAAGGCAUGAAGAAGCUAUGAAGAAACAACAGUCCAGGGUACAAUGGCUUAAACUUGGGGACAACAACACUCCUUUCUUCCACAAAUCUAUUCUAGAGAGGAGGGCAAGGAACAAAAUUUUGAUUCUGCAUGAUGACAAUGGGAAUCGGCUCUCAACUGAUGCUGACAUAGCUAAUGAAUGUGUCACCUAUUACAAAACAAUGUUUGGGCAACAAGCAUCCACCCCCAUUGACAUCAAUGCUUGGGACCAAGUAGAUCUUCAUCAAACUAUUACUGAGGAGGAUGCUGCUGCUCUAGAACACAGUGUCACUGCCGAUGAGAUUGUAUAUGGAAUAUCAACCAUUGACUCAGAUAAAGCCCCAGGGCCAGAUGGGUUCUCUUCCCACUUCUUCAAGAGCUGCUGGAGAAUCUUAGGAGCAGACUUCAUCAAUGCCAUUAAUAGCUGCUUCUCAAGUGCUAAACUGCUGGGAGAGGUGAAUGCUACACUCCUCACUCUUAUUCCCAAAAUACCUCAUGCCUCUUCUCUUAAUGAAUUUAGACCAAUUGCUUGUUGCAAUGUCAUGUACAAAUGCAUCACUAAGAUACUGACUGUCAGAAGCAAGCAUAUAGUGAAAUACUUGGUUAGCCCUUGCCAGUCUGCUUUCAUUUCAGGGAGGUCCAUCCAAGACAAUAUCAUGCUAGCUCAUGAACUCUUAAGGAACUAUCAUAGAGACAAUGAAAUUCCACUUCCCUCCAAAGUUCAUCAAAUGGUGGCAAUGUGCAUCACUACUCCCAGGUUUUCCAUUAUGGUCAAUGGGUCUGCUUAUGGUUAUAUUCAAGGUAAAAGGGGAAUUAGGCAAGGAUGCCCCCUCUCUACGUACCUCUUUGUUUUGCUUAUGGAAUUAUUCAACUCCUUAAUGCUGCAACAAGUUCAAUCUGGCUUUUACACCCUGCAUCCUAAGUGCAAAGACCCCACUAUCACCCAUCUCUGCUUUGCAGAUGAUCUUCUAGUGUUCAUGAAUGAAGAUAUUAAGUCUGCUAGAUCUUUGGCCACUGCCCUUUGUACCUUCUCUGCCAGAACUGGGUUAGUUGUCAACAACAACAAGAGCAACAUUUUCUUAUCUUCAGUUGAUAGUGUGACAGAGUUUGGCAUUAAAACAGUUCUUGGUUUUGAACCUGGCUCCCUCCCAGUCAGAUACCUUGGAUUACCACUCUUGUCUACUAGGCUUUCACAUGCUGACUGUGCUCCCCUUGUAGACCAUGUUAUUACUAGAAUCCAAUCAUGGAAGGCAAAUACUCUUUCUUAUGUUGGGAGGAUCUUACUUAUCAAGGCAGUUCUAAGCAGUAUGCUUGUUUUCUGGACAGCUUGCUUUGUCCUUCCUAAGAAAACUAUAAAGGCUCUUAACACUAUCUUCAGAAACUUUCUUUGGGCUUGUAUUGAUCUCACUUACAAGCACCCAUCUGUAAAUUGGACUAUUAUUUUCAUGUCAUUCAAAGAGGGUGGGCUUGGCAUCAGAUGCAUAGCUACCACAAACACAACUGCCAACCUCAGACAUAUCUGGGACAUUGUCAGUAAGAAAGACACCAUCUGGGUUAACUGGGUCUACAAGAACCUCAUCAAAAACAAAUAUUUCUGGUACCUAAAGACUCCAUCUGACCGCUCUUGGUGUUGGAGAAGGAUCUUAGUGCAUAGAGAGGCUGCAAGACAAUUUAUUCUCCACUUAAUUGGCAAUGGGAAUGGAACCAAGCUCUGGAAGGACAGAUGGCUCCCAUAUGAUACCCUUUAUAACCAUUUUUCUCCUCAACUAGCUUAUGAUUCUUACCACCAUAUUGAUGCUACUGUGAGCAGCUGUUUAACCAAUGUACAAUGGUCCUUAUCUCCUAAUAUUUCAAAUGAUCUCACAAACUUCACUGAAGCUAUGCAUGAAGUGAAGACAGAUCCCUUGUUGGAAGAUAGGCUAGUGUGGACAACCAGUAAGAAUGGAGAAUUCUCCACCAUUAUUUGGAACAUAUUAUUAAGAAAGUUGGGGCUAAGAGGGAUAAGACACACAGAUUUGGAUCAACAAAUUGGCUGGUGUGUGCAAAAUCUCAAAGGGAACAAGGAUGUUGGCAUCAUCAGGAAAUUAACAUAUAAUGCUUUCAUCUACCACAUCUGGUGGGAAAGAAAUAGAAGAAUAUUUACUCAGAAAAGCUUAACCCAUGAACUUGUUUAUGAUAAAAUCAUUGAGGAGGUGGAAAUUAAACUUUUUGAUACUGCCAUCAUCAUGCCAGACAACCCAGAAAGUAGAGAUUUAACCAAUGCUUGGAGGUGUGAUACUAGGUUCCUCACUGCAGCCCAUAUGGAAGUUCCAUGGCUGAAACCUGCUGAAGAUGAAGUGGCAGUCAAUACUGAUGGGUCCAUGGCUGAUUCAGAUGCAGGAUAUGGGUCUAUCAUCAGAGACCACAAUGGUACCCCUCUGGAUGCAGUUGCAGGUAGCCCGACCCCCCUCUCCAUUACACAUCAUGAAUUACAAGGAGUGGAAGCAGGUUUUAAACUGGUUGUCACAAAAGGUCACUCAAAAGUCUCCCUCAGGACUGACUCCAUGACGGUGGCCACCUAUCUGCUGAGUUAUGACCCCAAACCCCCUUGGCAUUGUCAUCAUGUAUGGGAGUCCAUCCAGCGCUAUAGAGCCUUGCUAGCUGAAGUGACUAUAUUGCACAAUUACAGGGAAACUAACAGAGCUGCUGAUGCUUUGGCUAGUUCAAAACCAUCUGGAGUUUUUAUAAUAAUUGAUCCCACCAAUUUUGAUGAGAAGCUGAAAAGGAUCAUAGAAGAAGAUGCUUCUGGGAAGCUGUAUAAAAGAAUUAGAUAG